AUGGGUCAUCCUCAAAGGAUGUUUUCAGGAAAGACAGGUCUCAGAGGCCAUCGGGGUUUGAGAAGUCAUAAAGCUGCAGAUUAUAACUCACCUGAAAUGCCUUCCAGAACACGGAACAACCCGAAGUUCAAAGUCACAGGAGAAUCGCUUCACCGAUGCUGGAAAUUCACCAUCAUUUCAAGUUCCAGUUUAUUGGCUCAGCUGAAAGCUGAGAAUCUGCAGUUACAGGAGUGUGGGAGAAUGAGUCUGGAUCGUACUCGCCGGAAGUGGUACAGAGCGCCCGAGCUUCUAAUGGGAGAGACGAAUUACACGGGUGCGAUAGAUAUGUGGGCGGUGGGGUGCUUAAAGGCGGAAUUGGUGCUGUUGAAGGUUCUUUUCCCGGGGAAUUCGGAGAUUGAGCAGUUGAGUUACAUACACCUCACCCUCGGCCCCACGCUGCAAAUGAUGCUCUCUGUUUCUGCGCCGAAGCUGGAGUGGAUUUUCUGA